AUGAGAUUGCGAAUCAGUCGGGUAUGGAAGCAGAUCAUGCGCAAGCUGGGUCGCUGGAAGCGGCACGCCAAGAGCAUGACGAGCAGCUGCCGAGCUCCCAAAGUCACCGACGGCUUCUCCGACUUGGUCGUCAACGGCGUCGCCAACCUCCCGCCGUCUAAGGCUCGCAGCGCUGAUAACCUCGGCCGUCAUCUCUCCAGAUCUGGAACAGCUGAUGGUCGGACGCUACGCGCGCUGGCAUGUCAGCCGGAAAAGGGCGGACGGCUUCACAUCGAAGGCGACGGCGAGGGGGAAAUGGACGAGGAGUGGAUGCAGGAGAUGCUUCGCCUAGCCGGCGAUCGAUCGACGAGUCAGGUGCGCUGGAAAGACGGCGGGACGAUUCAGCGCUACGGGAGUGCAAUAGACAUGCGGCAGCUGAUAGAUGCCAGUGGCGGCGACUGA